UACUCGAUAGCUCUCAGAUCCCCCGUCCCCACCCCGACCCCCAGCAACCCGGAGGCGACCUCGCGAUGCCGCCGCCACCGCCGCCGCAGCCGCACCCGAACGGGGGAAAAGUAACGCCGAACCUGGCCAUGGACGCCGAGGGCACGCGCCUGCUUAACCUCACCGUCCUGCAGCGCCUUGACCCCGCCGUCGAAGACAUCCUCAUCACCGCCGCACACGUCACGCUCUACGACUUCAACAUCGACCUCAACCAGUGGAGCCGGAAGGACGUGGAGGGAUCGCUCUUCGUGGUGAAGAGGAACUCACAGCCGAGGUUCCAGUUCAUCGUCAUGAACAGGCGCAAUACCGAUAAUCUCGUGGAGGAUUUGUUGAGUGAUUUUGAAUACGAACUCCAGCCUCCAUAUUUGUUGUAUCGGAAUGCCACACAGGAAGUAAAUGGCAUUUGGUUUUAUAACCAACAGGAGUGUGAAGCUGUUGCUAGUUUGUUUGGAAGGAUACUGAAUGCUUACGCCAAAGUGCCCCCAAAGCCGAAAGUGUCAUCUAUAAAAAGUGAGUUUGAGGAAUUAGAGGCUGUUCUUACAUCCUCUGCCAUAGAUGGUCCCCUUGAACCUCCUCCAUCAGCUACAGCUGUAGUUUCUGAUACCCCUGAUGAAUCGUUUGCCAGUUAUUUCAGUGGUGUUGCUAACGCUGGGAAUGUACCAACGGCACCAAUGACUGGAAGAGCUCACCCACCUGCUGAGUCUUUUGCAUCCUCCCACAUACCAAUGAUCAUGUCAUCUGCUGCUCCAACACAUCAGAUGAGUGCUUCAUCAGCCCCACCACUGCCCCUCCACACUAAUGUUCAUGCUGGCCGCUCAACAGACCUUGUAACUCCGGCGUUCUUUGUGCCUCCAUCAUCCUCUUCCACAUCUUUGGUGCAACCGGCUUCAUCCUUGAUGCCCACAGCGCCACCUCUUCAUCCAACUUCCACAUCCAGCCAACGUCCACCAUAUGGUACCCCACUUCUUCAACCAUUUCCACCACCAACUCCUCCUGCAUCCCUUACCCCUGCACACAAUGAUGGACCUGGACCUAUUAUUUCGAGGGAUAAAGUUAAGGAUGCCCUCCAGAGACUUGUUCAGAGUGACGAGUUCAUCGAUUUAAUCUACCGGGAGUUGCUGAAUGCUCGCUAGCCCUUGUGAGUUUCUGUCUGUGACAAACAUGAAAGGAGUGCUUCUGUUCUUUGUGAGUUUUGUAUGCCUCUUAGCCUUUAGUCCUCAAAACUACUGUAUAGCUUUCUCCUAAUGCGUUGAUGUAGAGUGCUUCACUCCUUGAUAGCAAUGGUUGGUAGUAUAUCGCGGUAUCCCUUGUUUCCUAUAUAUUUGUUGUCGUACAGUAUAUUUAUGUAAUUGAAAAUACUGAGAUGAAACAGGUUAUGUGCCA